GUAGUUUUCAGGUCUGUAUCAACACUAUGAAAAUCGACUGUCUUUUCAUCCCACUCUAUAAAUAGUUGAGAUAUAGACAGCAUCUACUGACAGGCGCAUAAACUGAAUAGUGACUUACUUGCUCCUGAUUGGGUAGUAUUACCGUCUAGAUAUUGCAUGUCUAGCAUUACUGAUUGAUAUUUUUCACGCCGAUAAAUAAAUCCAAUUCACGUAAAUUUUAUCUAUACACGUUUUCAAGUAUCUUGAAGCCCUUGAGUAAUGGAAAGAGGCUUAGGAUAUAUUGGUAUCGUUCUGUAUAUUUUGGUAAAUAUUCUAAAUAAACAUCAGUUCCAAUCAGUGCGUUGUUAUAAUUGUGAAUUCUGCCCCAUAGUGACGAACGUAUCAAUAUAUAAUGCCAACUGUACAUCUUGCGCAAUGUCUAAUGAUGGUUUCUCAGUUCACAGAACUUGUGCGCUUGGUUCAAUACCUGUUAACUUCCCUACGGUAAAUCUGUCUCAGUGCUACACCGAUUUAUGUAAUGGUGUAACAAUUGACAACACCGGAAGUCGACCGACAGGAUAUAUACAAAAACCAAUCAGUUGUUAUACUUGUUUGAAUUGUACAAAAUAUAAUUACAAGAUUGUUAGUGGUUGUGGUGGAUGCGUGGUAAGUUCAAAUAACUAGUGUAAUAUUAUUCAUUUUAUUAUGAAUUAGAUUUACGAUAUAAAAAAGUAGGAUUUCAUAAGUAUUUAAAAAUUCAAUCAUUGAAAUACAUUGGAAUUCAACAAGUUUAAAAUCAGCCAUUCGAUCUGUAGACUAUACAUUAUGAUUCACUUCAAUCGAAUUUCGUAAAUGUAGUCAAUUGAAAGUAAAAACAAAGGAAUUGAAAUACUUUUGAAAUGUAAUUUGACUGUAUCUACCCUGAUUCUUUUAGUUCAGAAAUGAAAAGUAUUGGAUGGAAUAUUAUUUUCGUAUGGGAUGAAACUUACAGAUAUCUGAAAUUUUAUUUCUUACGACUACAAGCUCCGGAGUUACAAGUAAAUUCUGUGGACCUACUUGUGAUCAAGUUAAAAGUCGGAAUGAAUUUGAAUGUUGCCAAACAGAGCUGUGCAAUGGAAAGACAAAAUUGUCUGUUCAUCACAGUGUUAUUAUUGUUGUGUUUGUUUUCACGCUGAUCAGUAAAUACAUGUUAUAAACGACUGAACAAGAAAUCUUCUCGGAUUCAUUUAGUCGCCUUAAGUUCACAUAAAUUUUGGUCAGUAUGACUCAAAAUUUGUUCAUUGUUAACCAUUAUAUAACACGUCACAUAUACAUUCAUGUGUGGGUUUUUUUUUCGAUUCAUUGGUUUUGCAAAUAAUUCAUUACUGUACGACAUUAUUUUUCCUGUAUUUGUUUGUCAACAAUAAAUCUUAUGUGUGAAUAUAAAUGUGCUUCUAUUA